GUUCUGUUAAAAGCAACAGAUUUUGUGAAGGUGUUAGCCACGUCUGCUCAUACAUAUAUAUAAGUGAACGCCAGCGUUAACCGUCAAGCUGUUUAAUCUACCAGAAGUCUAUAAGCACACGACGGCCGAGUCGAGCCGUCCCACCAGUAGUUCUAUCAGAAUGCCUGUGCACGAGUUUAAAGUGGAAAUGACCUGCGGUGGCUGCGCCAGUGCCGUGGAGCGUGUUUUGGGGAAAUUAGGCGAUAAGGUUGAGAAAGUCAAUAUCAAUCUGGAUGACAGGACAGUGAGUGUCACAUCGAACUUAUCGUCUGAUGAACUGUUGGAACAAUUGCGCAAGACUGGAAAAACUACAACCUAUGUGGGUGUGAAGGAAUGAGAUGAGUUUUUCAGCAAGUUUCGGAAAUACGGGAAACUGAAACUUGAAGUCUAAGUUCCCGGAAUCUGCCGAAAUUGCUGAGAGACGUCAAUGGAAAAAAGGACGGAUAUGACGAACCAUUCAAAAUCUAGCGUGAUGCUAACGUUCAGGAGUUUACAACGUACGCGAUAUUUAAAACUUAAACAAAUUUUAACUUAAAUAUGCAAAUUUUUUUUGGCAUUACAAUAUUUAGUGCGCGCCAAGCACAGUGUUUCUUGCCCCAAAUUUUGAAGUAGUUUACAGUAAUGUCAGUGCAGUUUAUCCAAUAGAUAUAUAAAGUAUAAA